UUUUUCCCAGCUCUAAACAGUAGAGAUUCAGGGUUAGUCCCAGAGUUUUGCUUGGCAUCGCUGGGAGAGGAGGUGCAUUGAGAGAGGAGAGAGAGAGAGAGGUGUAGUCAGUGUGUCCCUGUCUUCCUCCAGCUAGCAGAGAGAGGACCCCUUCAUCUGAAACAUAUUCAACUCUGGAGAGAAACCAUCCCACGGACUGACAGGCUUCUGGUUGCCCUUACCUCACAGGAGCACACUGAGUAGCUGGUAUUUACUGACAGUAGAGAGAGAGAGAGAGCACCCUCCUGAGUAGCUGGUAUUUACUGACAGUAGAGAGAGAGAGCACCCUCCUGAGUAGCUGGUAUUUACUGACAGUAGAGAGAGAGAGCACCCUCCUGAGUAGCUGGUAUUUACUGACAGUAGAGAGAGAGAGCACCCUCCUGAGUAGCUGGUAUUUACUGACAGUAGAGAGAGAGAGCACCCUCCUGAGUAGCUGGUAUUUACUGACAGUAGAGAGAGAGAGCACCCUCCUGAGUAGCUGGUAUUUACUGACAGUAGAGAGAGAGAGCACCCUCCUGAGUAGCUGGUAUUUACUGACAGUAGAGAGAGAGAGCACCCUCCUGAGUAGCUGGUAUUUACUGACAGUAGAGAGAGAGAGCACCCUCCUGAGUAGCUGGUAUUUACUGACAGUAGAGAGAGAGAGCACCCUCCUGAGUAGCUGGUAUUUACUGACAGUAGAGAGAGAGCACCCUCCUGAGUAGCUGGUAUUUACUGACAGUAGAGAGAGAGCACCCUCCUGAGUAGCUGGUAUUUACUGACAGCAUACAUGCAGCAGCAUUCUUCAACCUCCUGAAGGGAGGAGACGUUUCUCCCAUCUUCGCCAGAAGUCUUUUGAAGGAGUCAGAGUGGUGACCGUUUCGGAGAGGUGGAAGACCUCAGACCAGAGCUUUAACGACAUAAAACAGACCGUACAGUAACAUCCAGUACCAUCCUCGAAGAGGCCCGGCUGAAGAAGAGGUCUCAGAGGAGAAGAGUUCACAUUAAAACACAGGAAACACCUGAAAACGCUCCCAGGUUCACCUUCAAGAAACACAGACACACAUUCUCACACACACAGACACACACACAGGUAGUUUACAGAACUCCCUCACAUUCCUCAAAGGUAGAUCAUUUCCUCUUGAAGGACAACAAUCAACCAAUCAGCCAAUCAUUCAGCCAGUCAGCCAAUCAGGAUGUCUCGUUGGGGCCGUAAGGAUGUGAAGAAGACUCCUGAGGUGAUCAGGACGGUAACAGAGGGGCUGAAGUCUCUGUACCGUCAGAAGCUCCUCCCCCUGGAGCAGUACUACGGUUUCCAUGACUUCCACUCCCCCUCUCUGGAGGACGCAGAUUUUGACAACAAACCCAUGGUGCUGGUGGUGGGGCAGUACUCCACUGGCAAGACUACAUUCAUCAAGUAUCUGUUGGAGCAGGAUAUCCCAGGAAGCAGGAUAGGGCCAGAGCCCACCACCGACUGUUUCACAGCCAUCAUGCACGGUGAGGUAGAGGGGGUGAUCCCGGGCAACGCUCUCAUCGUUGACCCCAACAAACCUUUUCGCAAGCUCAACCCCUUCGGAAACACCUUCCUCAACAGGUUCCAGUGUGCCCAGCUGCCCAAUCAGGUCCUGGAGAGCAUCAGCAUCAUCGACACACCGGGGAUCCUGUCAGGAGCAAAGCAGAGGGUGAGCCGAGGCUAUGACUUCCCAGCGGUGCUACGUUGGUUUGCGGAGCGCGUUGACCGCAUCAUCCUCCUGUUCGACGCCCACAAGUUGGAGAUCAGUGAUGAGUUCUCCGAGGCCAUCGGAGCUCUGCGGGGUAACGAGGACAAACUGCGUGUCGUCCUGAACAAGGCUGACAUGGUGGGAACGCAACAGCUGAUGAGGAUCUACGGAGCUCUCAUGUGGUCUCUGGGCAAGGUGUUCAACACUCCAGAGGUCUUGAGGGUGUAUAUCGGGUCGUUCUGGUCCGAGCCGCUGCUGGUCCCUGAUAACCGUCGUCUGUUUGAGCUGGAAGAGGAAGAUUUGUUUAGUGACAUCCAGAACCUUCCUCAUAACGCAGCCCUCAGGAAACUCAACGACCUGGUGAAGAGGGCACGACUGGUCAGGGUGCAUGCCCACAUCAUCAGCUAUCUAAAGAAGGAAAUGCCAACCUUCAGGAAGGACAAAAUGAAGAAGAACCUGAUCUACCAGCUUCCUGUCAUCUUCUCCAAGAUCCAGCUGCAGCACCAUAUCUCUGCUGGGGACUUCCCUGACUGCGCCAAGAUGCAGGAGCAACUGUUGAUCCAUGACUUCACUAAGUUCAAGCCCCUGAAGCCGUCCCUGAUGGCCGCUCUGGACGAGCUGCUGGCGUCCGACAUCGCCAAGCUCAUGCCCCUGCUACGCCAGGAGGAGAUUGAUGCGGGGGUGCAACCAGGGGUGCAGGGGGGGGCCUUCCUGGGAACCCGCGCCGGGCCCUUCGUGGAGAACGACCCAUUCGGAGAGGUGGAGAAUGGGGGGGAGGAAGGCGAGGAAGAGGGCGAGAUGGCCUGGGUUGUGACCAAGGACAAGCCCAAAUACGACGAGAUCUUCUACAACCUGGCGCCCAACGAGGGCAAGCUGAGUGGCACCAAGGCCAAGGACUGGAUGGUGAGCACCCGGCUGCCAAACUCCGUCCUGGGGAGGAUCUGGAAGCUGUCGGAUGUGGACCGGGAUGGCAUGCUGGAUGACGAGGAGUUUGCGCUGGCCAGCCACCUGAUCGAGGUGAAGUUAGAGGGGCAUGGUCUGCCCCCUGAGCUGCCCGCCCGUCUGGUGCCCCCUUCCAAGCGCAGAAUGAAAGGAUCGGAUAUAUAGAGACUAUUACAUCAACCCACCCUGUGGAGCUGACAGUAUAGCCCUCUGACGGCUGACACACACGCUACUGCCCCCCCCCACGUUGUCCUCUUGUCUCCUUGUCUUUAUGUCUGUCAGCCCCUGGGUGUAUCUCGAUAGUCUAAGUUAAGCCCCUGGGUGCAUCUCGAUAGUCUAAGGUAGCUUCCUCUGGUCUUUUCAUCUCUGGUCUUCGAGAGGGAGACAGGAAGAAAAGGCUUGACAGAGGUGCGGAGAUGAGACUCGAACCUCCCUCCCGUUGUGAUUUGUGGUCUGGAGUCCAGUGUGUCUCCAGUCUGGUUCCUUUCCCAUAGUGCAGAUGAAUGAAAGGAAAGGAGGAAGUGGAGAUACUUUACGCUAUUGAAAUGCACCCCAAUUUAGUCUUACUGGAUCAUGUGUUUAGCUGAGCUGAGGUCAAAUAAAGGCUAGUGGCCCACACUGCUCUACUCUA